GAAAUUAUUGAAAUUUAAAAAGUUCUGAAUGGAGUGGUUUUUCUCGCAAAAUGACUGCAUUUACAAACCGUACCGAAUGUACAACGAUAACAGCGAAAUCAAAGGAUACUGUAUACCAGUCGGAAAUACUCUUCCUCCGUGUACACCAGUCGUAACCGUGGCGACAAGAACGAAAUGCGUCGCUGUACGAAUCGUUAUUUCGCUUCUCCUUUUAAUUUUAAUAAUGACCAUCGUUUAUCGGAUGUCAACGAGAAAUCUACCAAAUUUCAAUUAUCGUCGAAGAGUCCCGCAAAAUCCACGUUUCGAUGAUGCACUGAUUGGUAACUUAAAUCAAACUUUGAUUCCAAACUCGAAACUUGAACAACCUGACAACGCCAAUAAGCCACAAGAAACUCCGGAUAAUCUUGAGGAAGCAGUAAAGACUGAAGAGAUGGAUCAAUAAAAUUUACAAAGUUCGUUUUGUAAAAUAGUACAAAAAAAAAGGAACA